UUAAUAAACUAUUACGUUUUAUUAUCUGCGUACAAGAAAAGUCCUGCUCAGACAGGACUGAUCAAAAAAAAUCAACAGAAAUUAAAUAUUUGUUUUAUCGUGCAAUAUCUCUUCUAUCACAAGAGUUUAGUGCCAGUAUUAACAUUGAGAACAGUCAUAUUUAUACUUUCGUAACACUUAUUGAACUCGACUUGAAACAAUUUUGCUUAAAUAUCACCAAAAAAUUACAAAAGUUUUUUUAAAUCGUGAGUUUCAAAAUUCGUCGAAGAUAUGCCACCAACUCAAUCCAACGGGUUCGAAGAACUUCUCAUGAUGAAAGGCAUAGUGUUACCAGCUCGAAGUUUUGUCUGGAUAAUAACUGUUUUUCUAUGUUUCCUUUUCAUGUUUACGUUGCCGACUUUUAUGCAACAACAAAGCCCAUCGCAAAUUUCUGCCAUAUAUGGAUUGAAUUAUGUCAAACCAAACGACGAUUUUCCACCCUUGCCUUCGCCCAAAACUGCAGUGAUAACUAAAAGCACACUUACAGACGAACAUUGCAAAAAAGUGAUAGAAUUGCCGAAGUUCACAGUAGCCAACUCCGAAACAAACCAGGCCUUCUUCAUGGAAACAUCCGGCAAAUCUUAUCUGGACUCACGGCAAUCCUGUUCCGUUGAAUCGGCAGCUUUAAAAUCAGAACUUAUAUCGAAAGUCUUGUUCAAAUCACCCACUUUGGAUCUCUCAAAGAGUGACAGCUUGUGCGAACUGUACUACAAUUACGACAACGUGGAGUUCUACACGACUGAUCUUGGGGAGUUACUGCGUGGAACGUCGGCAGAGGGUCUCGAGGAGCGAGUGGCGAGAGUUGUGGAGCACAGAACAGUGCACUACAGUGACAUUGCAAGGAUGGCUGCGGGGUACAAAUAUGGAGGCACGUAUCUAGAUCUAGAUGUCAUCGUGCUGAGGAGUUUAAAACACUUGAAGGAUUAUAUUGUGAUUGAGAAUGGAAAACCUGCAUUGUUAAUGUCCCACUCAGACAGCCCAUGCAACAUCCCUGAAAAGAGUCAGAGAGGCCGGAAGAUCAACCCAGGCCAGUUCCACUUCACAGCCGGACACCAGUUCCCAUGGGCGGUAUUGGAGGAUGUGAACAGAACCUACGACGCCCAGAGGAACGACCGAGGCCAAACUGGUCCCCGAAUCAGCUCCAGAGUGGCCAAGAAGAUGUAUCACAUAAGAGAACUUCUCAACACGCAAUUAACAUUCUCGGAAGGCAUUAAGAACUUUUCAAUCAUUCCCGACUUCACGUACAUGGCGGCUUCCUUCAGCCGCAUCAAAGAAGAGCUAUGGCCUCGGAGACCCCGAUCGGAGCUUGAAUGGAACAGAUUGUUCCGAUGCAGUUAUGCAGUCCACUACCACUCCAAUGUGUUCAACAGCAACAAAAUCACAGGCGACCCAACAAAAGACUUUUUCUCCUAUUUGGCCCCCAAUUUUUGUCCCAAGUCGUUCCUUACUUUGGAAUAAUUUCAAAAGUGUUUAUAAAAUUUAAUUUUAUUACAAACUUGAAAGAAGUCAAUUCAUUCAAACUAACCUCAUUUCAGUCAACAAUGGUGUAAAAAAAACUGGCUUAAAACUGCAUCAAAAGAAGAGCUUAUAAUCUUUUUUGUACCGUGUUAUGUAC